CUCCUCUCCUCUCUCUCCUCUCCUCCCUCUCUCUCCUCCCUCCCUCCCUCUCUCCCCGAGUAUAAAGGUGAGUCUGGAGCAUAUCGGGGAGCAGGUGACGUUGAUCCAUGAGCGCCAGCCUGAUGCCAUCCUGGAGGCAUCGCAAAGCGAGGUGACACAGAUCGGAGACACCCUCAUCCAGCUCAACGCAGAGUGGGACCGCCUCAACCGCAUGUACAACCACCGCAAUGGGAGUUUUGACUGUGCGGCAGAGGAGUGGAGACAGUUCCACUGUGACCUAAACGACCUAAGUCAGUGGAUGACCGACCCGGAAGAGGUCCUCACUAAGGGAAAAGGACCUGAUGGACAACUGCACCAGGACACAGCCAGGACACACCAGGAGACUGGAAGGCUCUGGACAGCAGGUUGAAGGAAUCUCAACAACUACCUAUGUUGUCUCCAUUGCAACGUCCUGUGUCUUCUCCAUGGACGCACCAUGUCGCCCAGCAACAACAACUCUCAGUUUCGGUGGUCCCAUCGGCAGUACAGAUGGCCAGUCUGAUGAGUGAGGACCCCCACUACCAGACCCCCCACAGCCCAGAGCUGGUGGUCCCCACAGACCUGAACAACAUGGCCAUGGAGCUGGCUGAAUGGCUGCUGCUCAUCACCCAGAUGCUUAAGUCCAACAUCGUCACUGUAGGAGACACAGAUGAGAUACGCACCAGCAUGGGGCGCUUGCAUGUGACGAAGAGUGACCUGGUGCUGCGUCACCCCCAGCUGGGGGAUAUCUUCACUCUGGCCCAGAACAUCAAGAACAAGACCUCCAACUUGGACAUACGCACCUCCAUCACUGAGAAAUUGGAGAAAGUGCAUAGCCAAUGGGACAACACGCAGCAAGGCGUGGAGGCGCGGCUCCAGCAGCUGGAUAACAUGAUUGGCCACAGCGAUCAGUGGGAGGAGCAGAGACAGGAGCUGAAGGCUCUGAUUUGUCAGAAUGAGGGGCGCCUGCACAACCUUCUGCAGCUCUCCAGGGAACCCCUGACCAAACAGCUCAUUGACAACAAGGUGUUCUUGCAGGACCUGGGAAGAGGUCAGGGUACCGUGACAACCUUUAAUGAGCUGUCCAAUCAGCUCCUGCGAGAGUAUUCUGGAGACGAGACAAGGAGGAUCAAAGAUGUCACAGAGAAACACAACAUAGCCUGGAACGGCAUCAACAAUAGGGCUAAUGACCACCAGGCCCAGCUGGACAGUGGCCUGAAGGUUCUGCAGAUGUCCCUCAGCGAUCUGGAGGCCUUCCUUUAGUGGCUGCAGGAGGCCGAGACUAUCGUCAACAUCCUGGUUGACGCCUCCCAGAGGGAGGAGCUAUCACAGGACUCCGCCCACGUCAAGAAGUUGAGGGGGCAACUGGAGGUUAGUCUCACUUGAAGGAGCAUUGAAGAUCUAAAAACAGCCUGGUCAUUCAUGGUCUCCUACAUGGGCUCUUUUCUCCAUCUCUGUUUCCACCCACAGGAAGCCCACAUCAUUGUAAUUUCAAAUUGAGCUUUCCGGAAAUUGCUUUUUUUUUCUCCAUUCUACCCUCUACCCCUUCUUGUCCUCUCUCCCCCUUCUCCUCCUUCCCCCUUAUUUCUUUCUCUGGCUCUUGUGUCUCAACUUGGGGUAAGAUUGAUGGACUGCGCUCAGAGCUAAAGGGAAACUGGAUUAAUGAAAUAGAAUGAAUGAGAAAGGGGAAGGAGGAAAGAGAGGGACAUUGGAAUGAGAGGAGGGAGCAGGACAGACUGAAGGUGGUCAGAGUGAGAUGGGGGAAAGGAGACGGUCACCUGGAACCUUCCUUCAUUUAGAGUGACUCGUCUGUCACCAAUCAAUGUCAAGUCGGUCACCUAACCUGUGUCUCUUAUGGAGAGGUUCAAUAUCACUACAAGCCACAUUCUUUCUUAGGAGAAGAAUUGCUUCUCAGAAGUUUGGUCUAGAGAGGAGCCAUUGAAAGAUGAAGCACCUUAUUGUUAGGUGUUACAACUGAAGA